UCAGGUGCAGUGGACGAACCUGAAGAGCCUAGCAGUGAGACACCAGUCAGAUGUGCGUCAUCAUCAUCAUCGUCAAUCAUGUACAUCGAGGAUGAAAAAGAUGUGAUGAUUCUUAAGCAUGGUAACCUGGUGGAUAUUGUUCCAAAGAAUGACACUAGCAGGCUGCCUUCAUGGUGUGUAAUUGCCCUCAAAGAGACGCCUGUUGUUGAGUUGUCACCAAAGAGGUCUUGCUCAUCUGUUGGAGCUGCUUCAUUCAGUGGACUCCUGAAAGCUAAUUAUGGGAUAUCCGUGGCGAGCAUCCGGAACUCUGUUCAGAAGAAUCUGAGCAAAUUAGAUGGAGUCGGCCCUGCAGCCAACUCGAACCACUUGAACCAUGCCAUCGUUAGAGAGGUUGUUGACAUGGUCAAUUUCAACAUUGCCAAGGCCUGCAAGAUGCCGAAUGGCGCCAAGGAGACCAAGAGCCAUGAGUUGGUUCACAUUGUGACUUCUCUGAUUGAUGCUCAUGCCAUUUCUGAGACAGGCACCAUUUUGGCUGUGGAGGAAAAUGAAGAGCUGGACACAGCCUUAGAUGAGUCCGAGCUGAGGCUCCUUGCUCAAAGUGACCAAGCCCUUGCCGCUGUGAGGUUGAAUCUCAGAGAUUUCUUUACGAAGCUGUCAAGCCGCCAAAGGAAGGCUGUGCAUUCUGCUUCAGCUAAGGAAGCUAUCGGCCAAGUCUUGCUUUGCAUUCAGGAGGAGCUCGCAAACUCAAGCAAGUUCCAAAGUUCUGACGACAACGUCAAGGAGAUAACGGUCGUCAUUGAUUCACUGAUUGAAGAUGUUGGGAUGGUGGACCGUCACACUGACCUGGACCAGGAUAGGGCCCUCUCCUCCUUAUCUGGUACCUCAGAACGAAGCUGGUCAAACUGGAGUGAGGAGAGCCUUCCUGAAGAGUCUGUGGUCAUACCAGAGGUCUCCACUGCAGCCCCCAUGGCAGCAGACACAUUGGUGGCUGUGAACAUUGACCUGAGCGAUUUGCCUCAAGAUGAGGAUUCUGCGUGUGUACCGCACGAAACCGUAGUGAGCGCUGUGAACAGCAUCACCUCGACGCUCGGCUUGCAAAAUGAGGAGAGCUCCAGCAGGCCGCCCUCUCAGGGUCAUCUGACCUCAGUGUGGAAGAGAUUAGAAAAGGCUCUCUCCCAGGGACAUAUUCAGUCCUCUCAGGACCUGAUUGAGGACGUUUACCAGAUUCUCCUGAAGGGUAGACAAACUGUUGCUGCUGCAAAGUCUGCCUCCGACUCUGCUCUUGUUGCCAUGAAACAGGCCCAGGAUGUACCUCAAGGAGCCAUGGUUAGCCAGAUCAUAGGCAUGUUCGCACAGGAGUGUGUGAGGGAUUUAUUUCUGCCUUGCUUCAAAUUGCCCUCGUCAUGGAAGUCAGGUGCAAGGGCCCCCCUGAGGUCGGCCGCUGCCUCAGUGUCCUGUCCAGGUGGCCUAAGCUCCAUGGCCAGAAACGGAGAGGACCGCGCCGCGGAAUCACCGUCUCAGAUUCUGGCAGAGGUACUGCAGGUUGCCAUGAAUGCGAUGGUCGCUGACGUCAUGAAUAUACUCUCCCUGGCAACGCGUUCGCCCAUGGAUAUGGAAGCUUUUCUGAGGGAGUCUGGUUUACCCGGUUACGAUGUUGCCUUCAACACACCAGAUUUAGGACUCCUGGACGACAAGAGACGUGCAGACAGUCAGGAAGGUUCUACGGACUACUCCAGCCUUGUGUCUGUACUCAUGAUCCGCCUGCUGUCAAAGCUACAAAAUGAGGAUUCACUCUCUGACGAUAUGCUGGAUCAAUGCAGAGAACUUAUCAACAAGGUGCUCUCUGAGCUCACAGCAGCACUUGGUGUCUCCAAAACUGACUUUUGCCCUGCUGGUGUGAACAUUUGCAAAGUAUUCAAAGUUAUCUACAAUAACCUCCUGAGUGAAUAUGGAUCAAAGAACAGUGUCCUGUUGGCCUUGGAGAUAAAGGACCCCUCAGUAGAGAAGAUUGUUGUGAGAUCUUUGAUCAGCGAGAUUACAACUGAUGUGACAAAUAAUAAUGACGCUACACCUAAGAAAGACAAGAGAGGGAGUGGAUGCUUUCAGUUCCUUCCAAAUAUGAAGAAGAUUAAGUCUUGCCUGAAGAGAAACAAGUCAGGCAGCCAAAGAAAGGCCAACGCAGAUGGAGCCACAGCAAUCAGCAUCACUGACAAUAUUGCCGUUUCCCCAGAGUCCUUUGCCUGUUCGGUCUCAUUGGAUGAGGAGCCAUGCAUCCCCAUUGGCUCACCUGAGAAGAGAUGCUCUCUCUUCACCCGCAUCAGAUCUUUCUUUAAGAGGAGGUCUUCUGCGGUCUCGCCAGUGUAGCUCAAGUAACAACUUGAAUGGCCUCAGCUGUGGCGCAACUGGCUGGGGCACCUGCACUGUACGCCGGUGACCUGGGUUCGAUUCCCGCCCUGCGGUCCUUUCCGGAUA